AUGGCAUGCGACACCCGCCCUGAGCUGCAGACUGAAAAGACCGAGCUGACGUCAUUGGACGUCGAAAAGUCGGUCUUGUCACACGCGCUCCAGGGGCUCUCGACGCGACCGCCACUAACCACGCAAGAAACCUGGACACCACAUGCUUCGCCGGGGUCCCUGGAUGUAGACGGUGCAACUGCACUGAAGCCCCAGGAAAAGGAACACGUGGAAGAUUCGCCGAGCCGGAGCACGACAGCUAUACCAUCCGAAGAUAGCGGCUCAGAAACACAGUUGGAUGUUCCAGCUGAAGACCGUAGAAAGAGCAUUCAAAUUGUCCUCGAGCAGUCAGGAAAGAGAGGAGAGUACGUUUUCACAUCUAAAGAUCCAGUCUUUCAGGAUGCGCUGCAAUCUGGCAUUCGGCAAGAGGCCGAGAAGCUCCUGGGAAACGAGAAAAUCAAGAAUAAGCCAAGAGACUUGAUCUUCACGCAGCAGUUUACGACUUUCGACCGCCAGAAUUCAUCUGCUGCUCACUCUCCUUUUCGUGGCUUUUUCACGCUCUUCUGGAUCGCCAUGGGCUUCAUCCUUACACGAGUUGCAGCAGGAAACUACCGGACCAAAGGCUCCAUCUUUGGAGAUGCUGAGAUCCUGCACUUGAUGGUUGACAGAGAUCUCUUUGUCAUGUUGACCACGGAUGUUGCAAUUGCGCAAGAAAUGACCGACCAGGCAUCGCCCACCGCCGAAACGCUGACUGCAACUGGUAUCGACAAUCCCAACGAGGGCGACUUGACCCGACGAGUAAGCUCAGGCCCCAAGUAUUCAACCAACCUCUCGAAAGAAAAGUCCGAGAUUGCCUCUAUCGGCCAAGCCAUCGAGGCCGGAAAGCCACUUGACGAAGAACAAAUUGACGCCUUCCGACGUGUCUUGAACACCGAAAUCACCAUUCUCGACGAAGAGCUCCGCGGAAAAUGCACGACAACAGAUAACGUCUACCCCAACAACCUGACAAUGGCCAAUUUUAUUGAAUGGACAUGUCUCCCUACACUCGUCUACGACCAGGAAUACCCUCGCCAAGAACGAGUCAAUUGGUGGUAUGUUGCCGAAAAGUCGGUCGCUACUUUGGGAGUUAUCUGGGUCAUGAUCAUCAUCUCGCAAGCGUACAUCUACCCAGUCGUUGUAGAAACUGUGAGGCAAAGGGAUGCUGGCAUGUCCCUUGAAAUGCGAUGGAAAGAAUUCCCAUGGGUUGUUUCCGAUAUGCUAUUCCCGAUGCUUCUCGAACAGCUACUCAGCUGGUACGUCAUCUGGGAGUGUCUUCUCAAUGUGCUUGCCGAAGUCACGCGCUUUGGCGACCGCGGUUUCUACGGCGCCUGGUGGAACAGCGUAUCGUUUGAUCAAUACGCGCGCGACUGGAACCGCCCUGUACACAACUUCCUGCUGCGCCACGUCUACCAUUCGUCAAUAUCAUUUUUUCACCUGUCUAAGAUGCAGGCGACGUUCUUCACCUUCUUUCUCAGCGCGGUGGUGCAUGAGAUUCUCAUGUUUUGUCUAUUCAAGAAGGUUAGAGGCUACUUGUUUGUGUUUCAGCUCUUGCAACUCCCGCUGGCGGCGUUUAGUAAGACCAAGUUCAUGAGGGGUAGAGAUACCCUGGGGAAUAUUUUGUUCUGGUUUGGUAUGUUUAUUGGACCUAGUGUUAUCACUAGUUUGUAUCUUAUUGUGUAG